AUGCAAGAGUUUGGCUGCCAAGUGUUUAUGCUGAACCUCAAAGAAAAGCGGUCGAAAUGGGAUCCGAAGGCUCGUGAAGGACUUUUCGUGGGGUACGAAGAAGUGUCGUAG